AUGGACCGUGGAGAAAGCAGCUCUGGUCCUAAUAAACGUCGUCUUCUCCCAUUAGCACCGGCUGCCGCAGGCGGCUCAGGACAAGGUGCCGGCGGUGGCACAACCACGAAAGGAAGAAGACAAGUUACCGCAGCGUGUGAAGCAUGUCGGAGAAGAAAGUCAAAAUGUAAUGCUGAGCGCCCAAAAUGCAGCCUCUGUGUCAGACAUGAUACCGAGUGCAAAUAUGCAACGGCCCCAACAGAAACACAUUCACAGGCAUUGAAACGGAAACAUAGCGAACUUCAGGACCGUAUUACUCCAUACGAGGAGCUAUUCGACAUUCUAAAGUCUAAGUCUGAGACCGAAUCUCUCGAAAUCCUUAAGAGGAUCAGGUCCGGCAACGAUGUCGGAUCUAUCUUGCGUCAGGCGAAGGAUGGUGAUCUCCUGAUGCAGCUUUCCUUGGCCCCUGAGGCCCGUCGCCGAUACGAAUUCCCUUACAUACCCGACAUGCCAGCCACGAUCAUGGUUCCAGAUAACUUGUAUCUACGUUCUUUCAUUUACGAAACUACCUUUCAUGCUCAUCCUACUCAUGGUUCUGCACUUGAUGUCAAUCGUGAAGGGCACGGUGAUGAUAGGUAUCUCAAGCCGUAUCAUGCAGCUCAGCUUGUUGAGCCAAGUUUCUCGAAUAUAAAGGUCUCGGAAUGGACUCCAGUGUUAAAGGACGAUCACGUAUUAAGGAAGCUUCUCCAAGCCUACUUAUACUAUCAACAUUCAUGGACUGCCGCAUUUCAUAUGGAUUAUUUUCUCCAGGAUAUGGCAGCGGGCCGGACACGUUUCUGCUCUACUCUACUGGUCAACGCCGUCCUUGCUGCUGCAUGCGCCAUGAGCCGUGAACUUCCAGACCGAAAUAAGUUCUGGGUCCCCCAAACCCUCGGUUACCAAUUCCUAGCGGAAGCAAAGAGACUUUGGGAAAUCGAAAGUGGAAGUGUACCCGGCAAACUAACAACGAUACAAGCAGCCAUUAUUCUCAGCAUUGUGGCAACUACCACCGCCAUGGACAAAGUCGGCACAUCAUACCUACUCCAAGCCAUGGCCAUGGCAACAAAUAUAAACCUAUUCACGGCUACCUGCGGUACGCGAGAUGGGAUCACGCGAAAGGCGCGAGCAUUCACUGCUUGGGGAUUAUUUUGUUGGCAAGCCUGGCAACGUUUCUACUUCGGGCUCCCCCCUCUCCUCGCAAGUGCCCCAGCGUACCCCCUACCAGACCCGAUGGUCGACCCAAAGUGGUUCGGGGAGGUAUGGAUACGCUACCCUCUAGGCCAGGACAUAUACCCGACACAUCUUGGCUGCACCAUGAAAGCGAAUUUCGAGUUGCGGAAACUGAUGAACGAGAUGGCGUCCCAAAUCUUCGAAGACAACGGCUCCCCUCACAUCACCGUUGAGAAGGCCCUCGAAUGCAAGUCUAUGUUAGAUAAUUGGUUCUCCAAUCUACCAGAGCCUCUUAUCCCGACGAAGGUUGUGCUGCCAGAUCAUAUCAAGAUACACAUAGAAUACUACGGCACAAUGAUAACCCUCGUCCGCCUCCUCGCGCAAUGCGGCACCCCACUGGACCUAACAUGGCAAAACGUAAUCACGCACGCCGAAGUGCGUCUCGAGACUCUCCUGCGGCUCUACUACCUCCGACACAGCUUCGAAUCCUACGACCCGCUCCUAAUGCACUGGCUAAUGUUCCUCGGCGACUCCAUCCUCCUCAAACUCGACUCACCCCAAGCCAUCCUGCAAAUCCCCUCCUACCACCCACGCCCGAACCCCGAAUCCCUCCGCUCGACCCUAAUCCUCUGCGCGAAAGGUCUCUACGACCAAUCCCGCAACUUCCACAUCGCAGUCCUCCUCUACCGUCUCCUCCGCGACCGCAUGAAAGCAAACGACCUCGACCUCCUGCGAACCCACAUCUUCGCCUCCCCCUCAUCCAGCAGCAGCAGCGGCGUCAUCGCCGAAGACGACGAGCCCCUCAUGACGCAAUACGUGCAAGCGCAAUGGCUCGCGCCGAUCGUAACCCCCAUCGACGGUGGUUCCAGCGACGACAGCUCAAAACGCACCCUCGACUACCUCCUGCGGGAGUACGAAAAACUCUCCAUCGACCGCCGCGGAGACGCCGAAGACGUAAGCGAAGCGGAAACGGACACGACUCCUCCGCUAAUCACGCCGUCUUCGUCGUCGUCGGUGGCCGCGCAGCGGAUCACGCCGCCGCAGCCGCCGCGGCGCACCUGA